UGCCUAAAAAAACAUGAGUUCAAAGGACUCUUCAUAAUGCUUUAAGUAUACUGCAUGUUUGAAAAAAAAGCUAAAUACAAUAAACCAUGAAAACCUCACAUCCUCUUUCCCUCCUCUCCAUCCUUUUCGCCGCCGUUCUCCUCCACCUCCGCCUUGUCCCGUCGUUUGCUCUCCUUGACCCUACCAUGUUUUCAUCAGUUGCCAUCGUUCCUAAUGCUGCCGCUCCUCAACCUCUAAAUCCUGGAUAUGUCUCGGCUGACACAGACUAUAUUCGCUCGAGUUGUAAAACCACCAUGUAUCCUGCUACUUGCUACCAUUCACUUAAUCACUAUGCCACUGCAGUACAACAAGACCCUGCUCGACUAGCUCGUGUAGCCGUCGGAGUAACCCUAGCCAAAGCCAAGCGCAUGGCAGCUUUUCUUUCCAACCUAUCACGCGAAGCUGACUAUGGAGCGCAACCACGAGUUGUAGCUGCGCUCCAUGAUUGCUUCUCAGUUUUCGGUGACACCAUCGAUCAAAUACGUGAUUCAUUGAGUCAGAUGCGUAAGCUUGGUGGCUCCGGCGAGUCGUUGAGGUUUCAGAUGAGUAACGUUCAGACAUGGAUGAGUGCAGCCUUAACUAAUGAGGACACUUGUACCGAUGGAUUUGAGGAUGUUACUGAUGACGAGCCACUGAAAUUGGAUGUCUGUGAUCGUGUAGGGAAGGUGAAGGAGGUGACUAGCAACGCUUUGGCUUUGGUAAACAAUUUUGCCAAUAAGAUAUCAACUCCAUGACCGAUGAACGGUUGAGUUGAAACAUAAUUAUUGACCACGUUAGUUGUUGAGAAGUUUAGGUUGGAUUAUUGGCAAAAGUGUGAAAAGAUAUAUUAGUGUUAUCAUAUUUGUACUAGUAAAGUGGGAGAAAAACAACAAAGAGUUGAUGCAUGGAGUGAUUGUGUAUGGAUCCUUUUGGUUUUGUGGGCCUCCCCACUCUAACAAAGUGUUCUUCUUUUUACAAGUUCUAAGUAUUAGUCUCUUCUUCCUUUCUAUGAUCCUGUAUAAACUCAAAUUUUGUGUCUGAA